AGAGUAAAGUGAAGUUUGGCGAGUUUCGUCUGACUCGCGACAGGAAACGGUAGGGGAUGACAUUUGGCAUUUUCUAUAGGAGAGUCCAGUUGAAGCUUAUCCCAUCACACACACAUACACGCACACACACAUUUCAACGCCUCGUUGCGUGUGUGCGUACAUGCGUAUACGCAUGUUUCGCUCGGAGCUCGGAGCAUUGCACGUACGCGUGAGAAUGACAGUCCAUUUGCUCGUUCGAGAACGCGCGUGAGCGUGUGGAGCAGCGAAGGAUCGAACAUAUGAUCGUUGCCGAGAAAUGACUAAGCGUCGUGUCUCGUGUAGGCAGCAGUGAAACUUUCGACGAGUCGAUCGACGAGUGACAUCCCACGACGAGGAACGAAACGGGACAACCAUGAGUUCCGUCUGGAAACGUUUGCAACGAGUAAAUAAGAGAGCCGCCAAGUUUCAGUUCACCGUCUCUUAUCAUGAAGUCACGUUGGAGACGACAACGAAAUGGAAACCAAACAAACUGAGCAUUGUUUGGACAAGACGUAGCAGAAGAGUUAGUUCGGAACCUUUAGACUGGGAGCCAAGUUUGAGCGAUCCACUAAAGGGUGCUAUUAGCUGGGCAGUACCUGACAAUCACACAGUUUCCGUGACGCUUUUCAAAGAUCCACGUACACACGAACUAGAAGAUAAAGAUUGGACGUUUGUCAUCGAAGAUGUAUCAUCGACGGGAAAAAGACGUCAUGUCGCUGCUACCAAUAUAAAUAUGAAAAAAUAUGCGACCCUUGAAUCUAGCCAGCAACAACUCAAACUAGACCUAAAACCAACUUCUAAGAAGAUUGUUAGCGCUACGCUCGAAUGUACUUUGUCAUGUGUAUUCCUGCGAGAGGGCAAAGCGACGGACGAGGAUAUGCAAAGUAUGGCUAGUUUAAUGUCGGUUAAUAAUAAUAGCGACAUUGCGCCAUUGGACGAUUUUGAUAAUGAAGAUAUACCUGAAGAUGUUGAAGAGGUAUCAGUAAAAAAUUUGGACGAGAUAUUAGAUAUCUCGGCUCAGCUCGAUUUAAUGACAAGCAGCCUCACUGAAAGUGAAUUACCUAGCACUCCUAUAAGUGUGGCAAGUUUAUCAAAGGAUGAUACAACUCCUGUAAAUGAUGGGGAGCAUUUUAUACGCGACAUUAGUCUAAUAGGGAUUGGAGAUUCUUUGAAAGACAAAUCACCUAUAAAAGAUCAUGUUGCUGCUGAAAAUGAUAAAAACAUCGAACAUAGCGCGUUAAGGUUGCCGCUGCAGCCAUUGGAUUUUAAAAAGAAUGAGGCAAAUAUUCCAAGACUGAAAGAGAUUACUCCGGGCCAAGAUUUAUUGGAAUGGUGUAAAGAAGUCACUAAGGACUAUCCCGGUGUUAAAGUUACUAAUCUGACGACAUCUUGGCGAAAUGGAAUGGCAUUCUGCGCAAUUAUUCAUCGUUUCAGACCAGAUCUAAUAGACAUCGAUUCGCUGUUGCCUCACGAUGUAAAAGGCAAUUGCAAGAAAGCAUUUGACGCGGGCGAAGCUCUAGGUAUACCGAGAGUUAUAGAACCAGCAGACAUGGACAUAUUAACCGUACCUGAUAAAUUGGCUGUGAUGACAUAUUUGUAUCAAUUGAGAGCGCAUUUUACAGGCCAUGAACUGGAGGUACAUCAAAUAGGUAAAACAACAGACGAAUCUUCUUACAUGAUUGGCAGAUUUAACACAGACAACAACACAGAUGUGAGUGUCCAGUUAUUUGGUCAAGAAAUUAUUAAUUUACGAAAGAAGGAACAGAUUGAUCAGAAAAAUAAUAAAACGGACAAUAAUCGACGAUCGAAUCCGUUCGACAAUAAAAGGGACGACAUUAGCUCGCUUGACUCGCUGAAAAAUAAGCUGCAUUUGAGCCUGAACAGUCCGGACAAUCAAGAUCACGAUCAAUGUAACAAAGAUAAAUCGCCGUCUAGCGUGAAAGAAGUCAAGGACAUCAUAUUGGCCAGUUCGAAAAGCAUUCUGGGCAAGGUGUUAUCACCGACUAAAGAAAAGUAUUCAUCGAGAGAAAAGAGUAAAUCCCCACCGAGGGUACAACAAGCGCAGCAACGUCCGAUACUUAUGACACGCCGGCAAUUAACCGAUCCGUUCGGCUCCGACGAUGAAGAGGAAAACAUACAGAUAAUCGACGACAAAUGGUCGCAAUCGAUCUCGAUUACCAAAUCGCAAAGCCCGAUCCGUGAUGAUUUGGUAAACUCUGAUGGCAGAGGAAGUCGAGGUAGUACAGAAUGUCAAGGUGCAUCACCGCCGUAUGGAGAACAACGUUCGCAACACUCAUUAGUUAGCCGGCACGAAGAAUUGCGAGAGCGUGCGAGACAACUCUUAGAGCAAGCUAGAAAUCAGACGAAGCCAUCCGGAUUUGUUUCCGCCGCGAUUAGUCCUGUCGAGACGCAAAAUGAAGAUGAAAGACAACAACAAUUGCGGGAAAGGGCAAGACGCUUGAUAGCGGAAGUGAAAAUGGGUGUCGCUGUGACUCCGAGUCAACUAAACGAGGAUAACAACAGUGAUAGGCGAUCGAUAGAUGAUCAGAACAAUAGUCCUAGACGUAGCAUCACGCCAUCGACUCCUGGUGAUAGACUCAGCAUAAAGUCUGAGUAUAAUGGAAACAUCUUGGGGAAUACGAGCGUAAUAGAUGGUGAAAAGAAAACUGGUUCGCCUUUGUAUUCCUUCUCCAAAAUCAUAGAACGAAUUUCACCCGAUAAAGGAAGUCCCGACAGAACUCCGUAUACACUUCGCGGGUUGGGUAAAGACAUGACAUCAUAUAUUCAAAAUGAACUGGAAGCGCUUGAAAGGGAACAGAAUCAGAUCGAUAUACAGGCUGGUAAGCUUGAAAAGCAAUUGAGAGCGGCCAUGGAGAGUGAUAACGAAGACGAAACGGAAAGACUGAUGUCUUUAUGGUUCACACUUGUUAACAAGAAGAACGCACUUUUAAGAAGACAAAUGCAGUUAAACAUAUUGGAGAAAGAAGACGACUUGGAACGACGAUUCGAACUUUUGAAUCGUGAAUUAAGAAGCAUUCUUGCGGUGGAGGAUUGGCGAAAAACAUCUGAGCAAAAAAUGCGUGAAAAUUUAUUAUUGGAGGAGUUGGUGUCCAUUGUGAAUAAAAGAGAUGAAUUGGUUCAUCAUCUCGAUACACAAGAGAGAGCCAUUGAGGAUGAUGAUGAAAUAGAGCGCGAUUUGUCUCGUGCUGGAUUAGCUCAACGAAACAAAAAUUGUGUUGUGCAAUGAGAAGUUUAUUAUUUAUCGUGUUCGACACUAUUUUGAAGGCAUGACCCAUUUUGCUGCAAAGUUGCCAAAGAGCCGACGAAAUUAAAGAUUGGAGAGUUAAGUAUGGUGUUUCAUGAUCUACAAACAGAUUAUUUUUAGAAACUCAUAUUUUUUUUAUCGUGCAUUAUAAAUGAAUCCAUUCGAAAUAGAUUCAUAUACUUUAUUUUUUGCUUUUACUAUAAAUAUACUAAAUUCGUAAAAAAGUUCAAAGAAAAAUAAAGAAAAAGGGAAUUAAAAUAUCAACCAACAUUAGAUAAAUAUUAAUGAGAUGCAUAAAAGCACUUAAUUUCUUAUAUGCUAUCAAGGUAAUACAGAAUGUCGAUUAUUUCAUAGAGUAAGCAUUUUACAGUGUGUUUUAAAUGGAUAGAAUUGUGUGCAAAUAGAUGAAACAAUAUGUGUUAUCGAGUAAAAAAUCAUGCAAAACACUUUCACAAUUGUUAAUAGAUAUAAUAAUAUGAUUUUUCUUUUUUUAGCUAAGAGAUAAGACACGUUUAUAUUUAGUAAAAGUAGAGCGAACGCAAAUGCAAGGAAUAAAUGGAAAGAAUGGAAGUUAAUAAUAAGCAUAUACCUUCAGGAGAUUCAAGAAAUAAUUCAUUACAAAGUUAUCAAAUAUUAUACAUUACAUUAUUAUUUUGUUCAUACAAUUCCAUAUAUUCAUAAUUAAUAACUAAUUCAGAAAUAUAAACAUAAUGCAACUUUCAAUUAAUAGCGAAUGAACUUGAAACAUCUGAUUUAUGUAGAGAUUUACUUGUGGCGCCAAGAUAUUUAAUAUUGAGAAACCAAAGAAUUGUGACAAUUAUUUUGAAUCAUUGUUCGCGCGAAAGAAACAUUAAUAAUACAUUUGAUCGAUCAUAUCGUGUCUCUCUGUGAAUAUUUUUGAUAGCUACUAUCGCUCUGGUUAAACAGAUUAGUCAUAAACAUUCGCAUACGUAAAAAGCGAUUAACAAGUUCCAUAAUCGAUCUAAAUCGAUUCACGGAGAAUAGAGUUAUUACAAACGCGCGUUGGAACUAUUUCUAGUUUUCGGAUUCGUCGUUCUUUUUCAUUUGCAUAUACUCUAUUUGUGCCAUAUAUAUAACACUGACAUUCAUUUUACAUGCUAUUUGUGUGAGAGAUUUAUAGUGCAGAGGAAUACAUUGAAGAUAAAUAAUUUUACUGGUUGUGUAACAUACUUUUUUAAGGAGACUUAAUAAGACUAUUUUCAUUAGGACUAAUUCUCUUUAUGUGGUAUUUGCAUGUAAGAUACAUUGACUGUAAGUAUUUAGAAUGAAAUGAUACGUUAUUUUUAAGCAUUUUGGUUUGUGAACUAUAACAUAAUGUGUAAAAAAAGUAAUUAAUAUAUUGGCUAAAUAAUAUAUUGGCUCAACAAUUGGCUAACAAAAAAUUAUGAUAAAUGUUUAUUAUGUCUCUAAUUUAUCUAGUUUUGAUGUUGCAUGAAAAAAUAUGUUUCUCGACAAUGUGAUUGUUCCGGAAAACACGGAAAAUUGAAUGCAAGAUUCACCUAUAAAAAGCAAUACAUAAAACAUCGAAAAUAAAUAAAAUUAUUUUAUGAUAGUUUUAUAAUAAAAUAACAAAUCCCGAUAUUCAAGUGUCAAAAAAGUAUUAAUUUUCAAAAAUCGCGAUAUUUCGCAUUUAGUAAAAAUUUAAAAUUUACAUGUUUCAUUAAAUAAAUUUAAUGAAAAGGGGCAAAAAUUCCAAGUAUGAGCGUAUGUGGAGAUUAAAUGUUUUAUGUAGUUAUGCUAGACAAUCACAAUGGGUAUUGUCGAAAUUUUUCGCCAAACAAAGAUUUGAGCAACAUUGCGAAUGUGUUUGUCACAUUGUGUCAUUUUAUCUGUAGACGAUUUAGCACAACUUUUGAAAGUUGAGAAAACGUCGUCUUUCUGUUAAAUACUCUCUAUUCAAAUGUACUAACACAUAUAUAAGCAAUCAAUUUAUAUAAUUAUUUCUAAAAGCAUAUGAUAAUACAUAUGUCAAGGACAUAGCGUGAAUGCUCGAGAUACCAGAAUGAUACAAUCGGGAUAGCGAUAACGAUCGAUUCAAUUACAUGCAAAUGUACAUGCAUAUGUUUUAAGCAGAUUAUGUAAAAUCAUCCUCCUGAAAGCGUGUACAAUUAUCGAAACAUAUUUAGAGUAUAUGCAAUUAAAGCUUUGAGAAAAAUGUUUUCCCUAUUGACUAUAUUUAUAUAUAAUAGUUCAGUUAUAUAUGUAUACAACUAAACUAUCACAUCAUAAUAUCUUAAACGAUUUUGUACCUUCAUCUUUAAUUCUUGUAAUUUUUUUAAUUCUCGCAAGAGACGAAUCUCCGUUAAGCUAAAGUCAUGUAAUAUCGAUAAGAAAGUCUUUAACGAAAGAAAGAGAGUUUUUGCACAGCAAAAAUAUUAAGAAACAAGAAAUAUAUCACAUUGCGAAGCAAUGUGAUCUUUGCUCUUGUUAUGAGUCGAUUAUCAUGCGAUCUCGCUAAAGUCGUAUCCUAAAGUCUUGAAUAAGGUUGAUGUAAGCCAAACUCAUAUAUACUGAUCCCAAUUGAUUUAUCCGCCGUUGAAUUAUAAUUUUUCACGGUCGUGUAAACGCAAUCAAGGGAUUACAUCGUCGUUUCCGAAUAAACGAUUUAGCAAUAAUUUAUUAUUCUAGUGCCUAUGGAUACUCGUAUGUUUAUAAAACCAUAGUACACUGGGUCGAUUAUAAUUUAUUUCACCCUGUAUUACUACGAGGUAAUACUAUAAUUGUAAAAAUAAUCGUUCUUGCCAAUGCUAUAGUCUUGUGGAGAGAUGCGCUGUUUUUUAUUUUACUUCGCCGAUGUUAAUUAUAAUACUGUAUGUGAGAGUGCGAGCGAGCGAGAAAAAAAAACGUAUCGCGCAACAUUCGCCAUUAAUAAGGAAAGACUUAUAUAAGGUACCGCAGAAAAAAAAAAUAAUAAAUAUGAUGUUGAUGAUACCACGAUCGAUGUGA